AUGUCCUAGGAUUUAAAAUGGAAACAAGAUAGAUUAGUGAUCCAAUCCUAAUUUAAAAAAGAGAACGAUAAAACUUGCCAUCUCUUAGGUUUUAAUAAUUAUAUCAUAUAUAUGAAAGUAAUAUGAGUUUAUUUGAUGUAUAGGAUCAUCAAAAAGGACCAAAGAAAUAUAUUCCUUUAGAUUUUGAGAUUAAAUUUGAAAUUUUAAGGGAUAAAGUUGUAAAAAAAAGUGAAAACGAGGAUUCUUUGGGUUAAAUUAAAGGAAUAAGCUUAAUAAAGGAUGUAGGGAAUGAUAAAAUACUUUAAGAGAGGUAUUAUGGAGAGGAAAACCUGAUCAAGCAAUGGAGAGAGUAUUUGAGCAACAGGAUAAACCAAUGGCAAUUUCACCAAAUGUUUAGAGUGUAUAAGAAAAUUGGGAAGGGAAAUUUUGCGUCAGUAUUAUCCUUAAUAAUUCUUUAUAGGUUUAUAUGGCAUAGAAUAUUGAGAAUGAGAAAAAUAUGGCAAUAAAAGUAUUUUCUAAGUAAGUAGCAUAUGCAGAAGAACAAGGGAAAAAGGUGAUAGUAAAUGAGUUGAAGGUAAUGAGAUAGCUGAAUCAUACACAUAUAAUGUAGAUGUACGAGGUAUAUGAAACCUAAAAUUCUCUAUACGUGGCACUUGAGUUGUUGGAAGGAGGUUCCCUGUAUGACUUGAUAAAAGAGAAGACUUUGCUCUCAACUACUUAAAUUUAAUAAAUAAUGGUAGGGGUUUUAUAAGGAUUACAUCAUAUGCAUUAAAAAGAUAUAAUGCAUCGUGAUCUCAAAUUGGAGAACAUCCUUUUUAAACAUUAAAAGUAUAAGUUAAUUACAUUUUAGGAAAAUGGACUCAGUAGUAAUUGCUGAUUAUGGCCUGGCAACUAAAGUCAAUGAACCUGUUUACUUAUAUAGUAGAUGUGGAACUCCAGGCUUUGUUGCCCCAGAAGUUAUAAAUUUGAAAGAUUAGAAAGGCCAUUAUAGUGAGGUUUGUGAUAUUUACAGUCUUGGACUUGUGUUCUACAUAUUGUUAUCUGGAAAAUAGGCUUUCGCUGGUAAAAGCUAUGGAACUGUAAUUAAAUAAAAUAGAGAAGCUGUAAUUAACUUUUAAAUUAAAUAAUUGCAAUAAGCUCCAAGUUCGGCUAUGGAUCUGAUGAGAAAAAUGCUUGAGAAAGAUCCAAAUAGAAGAAUUUCAGCUGCUGAUUGUUUAAAACAUCCUUUCCUUGCUGAGAUGAAUAAUUAUAUGGCAGAUGAUUCAGUUAAUGAUUCAUUAGAUGAUGAUAAUGAAUUGGGAGGAGUUGCUUCAAGAAUGAAUGCAUUGAAUGAAGAGUAUUCUUAAUAUUAAAUAUUCCUAGGGUCAUAAAAUUCGAUGUAUUUAGAAGAAAUGCAAUAAUGAAUUCUCCAGGUUCUCCAGGAAUUAUUGAAACCUAAUAAUUAAAAUAACAGAAAGUUAUAGAUUCCGUAAAUCAAAUUUAAAUGAAUUCUCCCUUAUUAAAUGGUAAGAUUGAAACAAUAGGGAGUUUAUCUAAUAUUGGAACUCCAAAGAUUUUAAGUUCUUUUUAUUAAUCUCCAUUGAUUAAACAUUCGCAAUUCAAAUAGUAAUUCAUAUUUAUAUAAGCUUUUAGAAUUCUACCAUAAUAAUAAAAAUAAGAUCAUCAAUUCUCUUAGUAAAAAGCAUGA